AUAAAUAAAAAAUUGAAUUUGUAACUCAAGAGGAUGCCUACACACACACACACACACACACACACACACACACACACACACACAGCGCCUAACGCGCGCGAGAGUCAUUACCCCAUCGGUAAUGACUCUCAUAUCAUUACUCAGUAUGGCUCACGCAAAACGGAUAGUCUACGGGUGAUUCACGGGACGUUUUUGGAAUGAGUAGUACUCGACGUCUGGAGGGAGAGGAGACUUUUUCCGAAAACGAAUGGGAACGUUCGGUUGUUAUAAGGAGAGGCGAGUACACUUGAAUAUAAAGACUAACCCUGAAACUAACCUGACCAGUUUAGUUUCGAGCGUUCAGGCCGAAUGAGCACGUUUAUCCAAUUCCUAAUAAAACUACAACUACUUCUAAGCUAACAUGGACGAUUUCAAAGGAAUUCAUAUGCACAUAUAUUCUGGUCCGCAACGCUGUCGCUUGCACAAAAUGAAAAUUACUCCGAAUAUUAUCGGUUUGAAGUCACUGGAGCCAUUCGAGCUUUUCAUUAUGGAAAUACCGGAAAAAGAAGAAAAGGAAAAAAGUAAUACAUCUCCAAUGUGGUGUUGUCACUUUAAAGAAGACGCAAGAAUUUUUUUCACUCAGUUUGAAAAAAGAGAACAAGAACUUAAUAUGAAUAAUUUAAAUGAUAGAGAAAUAUUAAAUUCAGUUAAAACUACAACAGUUUAUCCAAUGUGUGAAAUGAACAGGAGCACUGGAAACGUUGUGUCGCACCAAAAGAUUUAUCACGAGUUAAAUAGAAAUCAACUUAUUUUACGAAAAAUAUUUGAAAUAUGCCGUAUAAAAAUGAACAUGUUUCCUUACGCUGAGAUUCUAAGCAUGAACAUAUGCGAAAGCUUUAUAAGUCUGAGACGGAAACGUUAUAAUCGUAUAGCCAUAUUUUAUUAUACUUGGUUAAUAAAUAACGAACGUCAAACAUUUGUAUAUUUGAUAUCUAUAAUAAAUAAGUGUGAUCUAAAAGUCUGUGUAAAGCAAUAUAAAUUCGCUGAAGACAAAAAAAUAUAUAUCAGUAUGCAAAGGAGCGACACAGUAAAUGUGAUAAACAUCAAUCCAUUUUUUUAUAGCACACCGCCAAAAAGAUCUCUAAAGGCAUAUUCUAUGGAUGUUAUUUUAGAGAGGUUAGCAGCGAAAUUAUUGACGAUGGAAGAUUUAGAGAAUCUAAAGUUACCAAGGACCAUAUUUGAAGAAAUGAUAAAAGGAUUGCAAAUAUAUCGUCACUUGCAGUAAUGAUUGUAAUUAUUUUAUUUGAAAUGUAAAAAUGUAAGAAUAAAUGUAAUAAACGAUGAUUUGUUA